CAAAAUUCAUUAUUUCAAUUUUUAUUGUUUAUUAAACAUUAUUCAAUAUUAAAAUCAAUAAUUAAGUGAAAGAUCGAUUAUUUUGAGUAAAAAUCAUCAGAUUUUAUAGAAAGAAUGAAGAUUUUGCAGGUACUAUAUCUGUGCCUCUUCCUCGCAAACUGUACAAAUUCAUGCCAUUUAGAUCAAUGUCUCGUCGAAGUUAACAUCACACAAGAAAAAUUAAAAUUCGUGGAUCUUUCACACUCCGACAACCAAUUGAUGAAUUUUAAUAUCUCUUCCAUAUCAUCAAAGAGCGCAGAAAGUAUCCAGAGAAAAUUCACAACCGAUAAUGAUAAUUUGGAUAAACAGAAGUCUGAUAAUAUCUAUAAUAAAAAAUGGCUAUUAAAGUUCUUUGUGCUUAUAUUUUGUGCUUAUAUUUUGUGCUUAGUGAUCUUUUCUACAUUGACUUCUUCGCAAUACGAGUCUAGUAGAGGCUAUGUGGUGAUUAACAAUAAUAAAAUUCAGUACGAGACGAUUAGUGGUUCACUCGAUGAAGACAUCUGGAAGACAGAAGAAUGUGAUUCGGAUAUUUUUUAUUCAUUUCAUUUCAACGUCGAGGAAAAUGGAUUCAAAAAUAUGGCCAUCAUAGAUGCCACCGGAGAGGAAAUAUCAAAUGAAGAAUUAUCAAAGCUAUUGGAAGACGAGGAAAAAAGUGAAAUCAGUGAUUCCGAUUCUCUUGUAGUCAUCUCUAUUGAAGAUGAAUUUUAAGAGUUGUCGUAUAGCGAAUUGAUUUCAAUAUUAAAUUCAAAAUUUUCUAAACAUUAUCUUGUUCGGGAGUAACAAAUAUACGAAAAUUUUAUCUGGAUGAAUUCUUAUUUUCAAAUAUUAAAAUCAAUAAUAAAAGUUAU